AUGUUCGUAUUAUUUUUCCAGGUUCCUUCUGAUCUUUACGCAGAUAGUAUCGAAGAAGACCUGAGAAUAGUUGGUAAGUUCAUUGAUCAAGUUGGAUUUAUCCUUAAUUCUUUACCUCUACUGAAUCCAGAUGUAGCACUAAAGGAUGUUCGUGGUAUACUACGCAGCAGUCGCAGUUUUGGAAGAAUUCAAGAGAUUGUGACAGAAUUGAAUACGUUGGUCGACCUCACAAUAUCGAGCGCGAUGCUGCAUGGUUUAAAAGCAAUUGCGAAAGUAAGUGCUAGUAAUUAA